CCACCUUCGCCCCCUGCGCAGAAGCUUCGGGGAGCGGAUCGCGGCGGCGCUGAACUUUCCAGAACCACAGCUGCAGCCGCCAUGGCCCCGCCCUGGGUGCCCGCAGUGGGCUUCACUCUGGCGCCCAGCCUGGGGGGCUUCCUGGGCGCCCACUACGUCCGGGGCGAGGGUCUCCGCUGGUACGCCGGCCUGCAGAAGCCGUCGUGGCACCCGCCCCGCUGGACGCUGGGGCCCGUCUGGGGGACGCUCUACUCGGCCAUGGGGUACGGCUCCUACAUGGUCUGGAAAGAGGUGGGGGGCUUCUCGGAGGACGCCGUGGUGCCCCUGGGCCUCUACGCGGGACAGCUGGCCCUCAACUGGGCGUGGCCCCCGCUCUUCUUCGGCCAGCGGCAGAUGGGCUGGGCCCUGGCGGAUCUCCUGCUGACCGGCGGGGCGGCGGCCGCCACGACCGUGGCCUGGCACCGGGUGAGCCCGCCGGCCGCCCGCCUGCUCUACCCCUACCUGGCCUGGCUGAUCUUCGCCGCCGCCCUCAACUACUGCGUAUGGCGGGACAACCGGGGCUGGCGCGGGGGCCGCCGGCUGCCCGAGUGAGGGCCCCGCCCCGGCCGGGCAUGUGGGGGGCAGCCGCGGCCCCCGGCCCGGGCGCCCUCU